GGGGCUAUGAAGACAAUUAAAUAGGGAUAUUAGAGGGGUGGUUCGGCUCCUUUAGUGCUCAGGAAGGAGCUGGGAAAGUUUACAGUUGAUCUUGAAUGACAAGCAGGAGCCAGACAAGCAAAGACCUGGUAUAGAGUACUUGGGGCCUUUUGACCAGUGUGUGACAAAGGCCUUGAGGCAAGAACUAGCUUGGGCACUUGGCAUUUUCAAGGUCCCAAAACAAAGCAGUGAGGCUGCACCUCAUUAGACACUUGGGUGGGGGCAAUGAGGUGAGGCCAGAUCACAGGGACCCUGUGGGGCAUCCAAAUGAGUUUGGAUACUAUUUUAAGGGCAAGAGGAAUACACUGAAAGAUUUUGAGCCAAGGAGGGACAUGCUCUGGAUCACUCUGGCUCUUCCUGGAAAGGGGUUUCGGCUUGGAGACCAACCAGUUCCAUGCCUUCAGGCUUAUGCUCAGGCCAGGCUCAAGCCUGGAACAACGAUGGUCUUUCCCAGGACAGUUCCUAGGCUCCUGAGAGCUUAUCACUGCAGUGCUUUCAGCCCAGGUCAAGCCUGGUUUGCCUCGCCAGCCCUUCAAUCGCUCCACAAACCACUCACUGGGCGCAGGGGACAGAGUCCUGAGGUCUCCCGCUGUCACAGAACGACUAUUUUUCUGUUCUGCCUCCCUCCUAACUAAUGGGGCAGUCAGACUAUGUUUGGCGGGGCAGUGACAAAUCCAGGCCCAUGGGUUAGUGGUACAAACGAGGCUUCUCCCUAAGACGACGGAGGACACCUCGUGAUAGGCAGCCCGGCCCGAACCAAUGAGCUGGUGAGACCAGAGUGGACACGCGGGAGUCAAGGCAGAAUAUGGACUACAAUUCCCAGCAGACUCUGCGCGCGGCUGCCGAUCCCUCCGCACUAAUUUACUCCGCCGGCUGUUCACCACGGCCGGCCAAGGACCAAGCCUAGGUCUUUUUUCCUGGAACCGAGGUCCAUCUUCUUAUCACAGUUUCAGAGAGAGACCACGGAAUGCCCUGGAGGUGAAACGGACUUUUUGAGGAGAAACGCGGAUGCAGACUAUCGGAGAGAGGUCGCUCUGAAACCACCGACUUUCGCGCGCUUUGGCGCGGGUGGUUGUGGGUAGAGCGCCCAGGAGGGAGAAAGGAGUCGGGGGGCUGUGACCGCGGCCUGAGGGGAUGUUCGAGGACGAACCCCACGCUGAGGGGGCAGCGGUCGUCGCCGCAGCCGGGGAGGCGCUGCAGGCCCUGUGCCAGGAGCUGAACCUGGACGAGGGGAGCGCAGCCGAAGCCCUGGACGACUUCACCGCCAUCCGGGGCAACUACAGCCUAGAGGGAGAAGUUAUACACUGGUUGGCAUGUUCAUUGUAUGUUGCAUGCCGCAAAAGCAUUAUUCCCACUGUUGGGAAAGGUAUCAUGGAAGGAAAUUGUGUAUCACUUACCAGAAUACUGCGUUCAGCUAAACUAAGUUUAAUACAGUUUUUUAGUAAAAUGAAGAAGUGGAUGGACAUGUCAAACCUGCCGCAAGAAUUUCGUGAACGUAUAGAAAGGCUAGAAAGAAAUUUUGAGGUGUCUACUGUCAUUUUCAAAAAAUUUGAGCCAAUUUUUUUAGAUAUAUUUCAAAAUCCAUAUGAAGAGCCACCAAAGUUACCUCGAAGCAGGAAGCAGAGGAGGAUUCCUUGCAGUGUUAAGGAUCUCUUUAAUUUCUGUUGGACACUCUUUGUUUAUACUAAGGGUAAUUUUCGUAUGAUUGGAGAUGACUUAGUAAAUUCUUACCAUUUACUUCUGUGUUGCUUGGAUCUGAUUUUUGCCAAUGCCAUUAUAUGCCCAAAUAGACAUGACUUGCUGAAUCCAUCAUUUAAAGGUUUACCAUCUGAUUUCCAUACUGCUGACUUUCGGGCUUCUGAAGAGCCUCCCUGCAUCAUUGCUGUACUGUGUGAACUGCAUGACGGACUUCUAGUAGAAGCAAAAGGAAUAAAGGAGCACUACUUUAAGCCAUAUAUUUCAAAACUCUUUGACAGAAAGAUUUUAAAAGGAGAAUGCCUCCUGGACCUUUCGAGUUUUACCGAUAAUAGCAAAGCCGUGAACAAGGAGUAUGAAGAAUAUGUUUUAACUGUGGGUGAUUUUGAUGAGAGGAUCUUUUUGGGAGCGGAUGCAGAAGAAGAAAUUGGAACUCCUCGAAAGUUCACUGGUGACACCCCAUUAGGGAAACUGACAGCACAAGCUAAUGUGGACUGUAAUCUUCAACAACACUUUGAAAAAAAAACAUCAUUUGCACCUUCUACCCCACUGACAGGACGGCGAUAUUUACGAGAAAAAGAAGCAGUCAUUACUCCUGUUGCUUCAGCCACUCAAAGUGUGAGCCGGUUACAGAGUAUUGUGGCUGGACUGAAAAAUGCACCAAGUGAACAACUUAUAAAUAUUUUUGAAUCUUGUAUGCGUAAUCCUAUGGAAAACAUUAUGAAAAUAGUGAAAGGAAUAGGAGAGACUUUCUGCCAAUACUAUACUCAAUCAACAGAUGAACAGCCAGGAUCGCACAUAGACUUUGCUGUAAACAGACUAAAGCUUGCAGAAAUUUUGUAUUAUAAAAUAUUAGAGACUGUAAUGGUUCAGGAAACACGAAGACUUCAUGGAAUGGACAUGUCAGUUCUUUUAGAGCAGGAUAUAUUUCAUCGUUCCUUGAUGGCCUGUUGUUUGGAAAUUGUGCUCUUUGCCUAUAGUUCACCUCGUACUUUCCCCUGGAUUAUUGAAGUUCUCAAUUUACGACCAUUUUAUUUUUAUAAGGUUAUUGAGGUGGUGAUCCGCUCAGAGGAGGGACUCUCCAGGGAUAUGGUGAAACACCUGAACAGCAUCGAAGAACAGAUAUUAGAGAGUUUAGCAUGGAGUCAUGAUUCUGCACUGUGGGAGACUCUCCAGGCUUCAACAAACAAGGUUCCUACCUGUGAAGAAGUUAUAUUCCCAAAUAACUUUGAAACAGGAAAUGGGGGAAAUGUACAGGGACAUCUUCCCAUGAUGCCUAUGUCUCCUCUAAUACAUCCAAGAGUCAAAGAAGUUCGGACUGACAGUGGGAGUCUUCGAAGGGAUAUGCAACCAUUGUCUCCAAUUUCUGUCCAUGAACGCUACAGUUCUCCUACUGCGGGGAGUGCCAAGAGAAGACUUUUUGGGGAAGACCCGCCAAAGGAAAUACUUAUGGACAGGAUCAUAACCGAAGGAACAAAAUUGAAAAUUGCCCCUUCUUCAAGCCUUACUACUGAAAAUAUAUCAAUUUCCCCUGGGCAGAGUCUUCUAACUAUGGCCACAGCCAUAGUCACAGGAACAACAGGACAUAAAGUUACAAUCCCAUUGCACGGUAUCGCAAAUGAUGCUGGAGAGAUCACACUGAUACCAAUUUCCAUGAACACAGCUCAGGAGUCCAAAGUCGAGAGUCCUGUAUCACUUACUGCUCAGUCAUUAAUUGGUGCUUCUCCGAAACAGACCCAUCUGACUAAAGUGCAAGAGGCACAUCCAACUGGAAUAAGCAAACCAAAGAGAACUGGGUCUUUAGCACUGUUUUAUAGAAAGGUCUAUCAUUUGGCAAGUGUACGCUUACGUGAUUUAUGUUUAAAAUUGGAUGUUUCAAAUGAGUUACGAAGGAAGAUAUGGACGUGUUUUGAAUUCACUUUAGUUCACUGCCCUGAUCUAAUGAAAGAUAGACAUUUGGAUCAGCUGCUCCUUUGUGCCUUUUACAUCAUGGCAAAGGUAACAAAAGAAGAAAGAACUUUUCAAGAAAUAAUGAAAAGUUACAGGAAUCAGCCCCAAGCUAAUAGUCAUGUUUAUAGAAGUGUACUGUUGAAAAGCAUUCCAAGAGAAGUUGUGGCAUACAAUAGAAACAUAAAUGGUGAUUUUGAAAUGACAGAUUGUGACUUGGAAGAUGCUACAAAAACACCUGACUGUUCCAGUGGACCAGUGAAAGAGGAAAGAGGUGAUCUUAUCAAAUUUUACAAUACAAUAUAUGUAGGAAGAGUGAAGUCAUUUGCACUGAAAUACGACUUGUCAAAUCAGGACCAUGUGAUGGAAGCUCCACCUCUCUCUCCUUUUCCACGUAUUAAGCAACAACCAGGCUCACCACGACGCAUUUCCCAGCAACACUCCGUUUAUGUUUCCCCACAUAAGAAUGGGUCAGGACUUACACCAAGGAGUGCUCUGCUAUAUAGGUUCAAUGGCAGCCCUUCUAAGAGUUUGAAAGAUAUCAACAAUAUGAUAAGGCAGGGUGAACAGAGAACCAAGAAGCGAGCAAUAGCCAUCGAUGGUGAUGCAGAAUCACCUGCCAAACGCCUCUGUCAAGAAAAUGAUGAUGUUUUGCUUAAACGACUACAGGAUGUUGUCAGUGAGAGAGCAAAUCAUUAAUGCCCUUUCUAUUUCUAUGAUAAAAGCACUUUCAGGUGGCAGAGUGUUAAGGGCUCUAUCCUUCAAAACUUUCAGCCCUGUAGAUGGAAAGUAUCAAGUUACACAAAAAAUUGCACCAAAAUUAUGUACUUUUUUUUUUUAACAUUUAUCCAAAAUAUAGUUAACAGUGUAUUUUGAGUUGGACUGGAAAGCAAUAUUUCAAGUGCCUUUUAAACAUUUUAGUAGUUAAAGAAUUUUUUAAAUGUCUAUUCCUUGGUUUAGUUUUUAAGAUGAAAUCAGGAGAUAACUCAUAAUUUUUUAGCUCAUUUUUUAAAAUAAAUGUCUCCUCCUUCUGUGCUUUGUAAUAUGAAGGUAAAUAAUCUGUUUUUCAUAAGCAUGCUUUGAGAUAUCUCUGUUCUAAAUUUAAUAUUGAGUAGAGGGGCACCUGGCUGGUAGAACAUGAGACUCUUGAUCUCAGGGUCAUGAGUUUGAGCCCCAUGUUGGGCAUAGAGAUUACUUUAAAAAAAAAAUAUAUAUAUAUAUAUAUAUAGAGAGAGAGAGAGAGAGAGAGAGAGUAGGGUUUGGUUUCCAAAGCACCUGGGCCAAGGGAUGAUGCACUAGUCUACCUCUGACCCACUGUGGCAACUCCACAUCCAGGUGCUACUGCCAUUCUGGAUUGUCUACUUCCCUUCUCAUGCCCUUUCUCUCUUUGAGCAUAAGCAGAUUUGUACCUGAGCCCAUGCAUUACUAUGCUUCUUGCCUUCUAACCCUAAGCCCUCUUAGUUGAUGUCACAGCCUAAUAAAAGGGGUACUUGGGUACAGCUCUCCAAAGAAUCAGCUGUUCAGUAUUCACUUUUUCUAAUGUGUUUCCAGAAUCUGGAAGGACAUGGAUAAACCAUUCUUAAUUAAUUUUGAGAAAGUUAUGAAAUGUAUGUUUUUUAAACUGCAAACCUUAUUUUUUUAAAUACAAAAUGUUUAACUUAACUUAUAUCUAACCCUGGCUAAUUCGAGUUAGUCUAAGAUUUGGCUGUAAAUUUGUAAUUGCUAUUGUCAGGAAUUUUAUUUUUAAAUUUUAAGAAAAGUGAUUUUGGUAAUACAUUACUUUUCUGAAAAUUACAUCCUCAUUUUUUGUGUAGUAUCUACACAUGUUGUAAGCCAAAUAACAUCAAAUUUAUCUAAAGUCUUUGUAUAUAUUUUUAUGUAGCUGUAACUAUUAUGUCAUUUUCAUCCUCCUUAUUAAUGUGGAAAAUAUACAUGAGCAUUGUACAUUGACUAUGUAAGAAGCUCUGGAUAUGUUUUUAUCAAUUUUUAAGACAGUAUCCGUGUACAUAAAAUAGCUAAUAAAACGGAGUUUUUGAGAUAUUGAAAGACA